AACUCCCACAAUGCAUUUUGAGGAACAUACGGACCAGGGAAACAUCAGGUGACAAAACUGCGAACUCGCUUUUCCUUGUGUGGUUUUUCAUGUAGGAUUUAGUAGUAACGGUGUAAUUCACAGUGUCAUUUGUCUAUUAGUCCCGUCCAGUCACUGAGGAGCGAUGUUACGACCGAAGGCGCUGACGCAGGUCCUCAGCCAGGCGAACACUAACGGAGUACAGAGCACCCUUUUACUCAACAACGAGGGAUCCCUGCUGGCUUACUCUGGCUACGGCGACACCGACGCCAGAGUCACCGCGGCCAUCGCCAGCAACAUCUGGGCAGCAUACGACAAGAAUGGGCACCAAGCCUUCAACGAGGACAAGCUCAAGUUCAUCCUGAUGGACUGCAUGGAGGGCAGAGUCGCUAUCACCAGGGUGGCGAACCUGCUGCUGUGCAUGUACGCUAAAGAAACUGUUGGUUUUGGAAUGCUGAAAGCUAAGGCGGAGGCUCUGGUGGAUUACCUGGAGGAGCCUUUGACCCAGGUUGCAGCCUCUUAGCGGGGUCCAUCACCCUACUCGGCCCCCUCUUCCCCUGCCGGCAACCCCUCUCCUCGGCCCAGCCAACCCCUCCUCCCCUCGAAGCCUCCUCCUCUCCUCAAAAGCUCUUCGUCAGCGCUCUUCCUCCUCUCCGCUGGAGCGUGAUACAUGGACUGCUUUGGCGUCUAAAAGGACUGUUUCCCUGUGUAUUCAGAGAUUUGAUUUGUAUGUAUUUGGUCGUCUGUUUACGUUUAUUAAACUUCUGUUAGUUUGAUUUAAUGACACUGAUGCAGCUGAACAGCAAGAUGCAUCUACAAAUGAUUGCAUGUUCACCUGUGAGUUUCUGGUGAGGGUUUGGCCAAAUAAAAAUAUUCUGUAUAAUUUGUAAUUUUGUGUGAUCAUCUAUCUAUAUAAUAUAUAAUAUAUAGUAAAGUAUGAUCAUCAAGGAAUACAAAGACACCUGGAAACCGUGAUUCAAAAUGUUUUUGUGUUCUAUUUUCAUAAUAAAAUUGCAGAUGUGCUUGACGAUUGCAUAAUAAACUGUCGUGUACAACA